GACAGAAAUUUCUACACACGUAAUGCAAAAUUCUCUCUAAACCUAAAGUGGAGAUUAUAUCUAGUCGCAUGAUGACGCGUGACCGUUGAUAAAUCAGUUUUAUUUUGCCGCUCACGCGUUGGAGAAAUGGCAGCACAGGGAGCAGCUGGUUCUGUGUUCAUGUGUCGGCUGUGCAACCUCUUCUCUCCCAGUCGCCCUCUGCUCCUGGUCCAUUGCUCCCAGGAGCAUCCCCAGCAGGAACCUCCUGGUGAUGUCAUCAUUGCGCUGCAGCCCCUGGCAUCCGAGCCUGUGGAGACUUAUAUACACAGUCCAUUGGAGACACCGACAGAGGGCCCAGUGAAGCGAAAGCGAGGGCGACCAAAAGGCUCCACGAAGAAGUCCAAGACCGACUCCACCCAUUCUCCGGCGGAUAAUUCUCAUGGACAGGAGGAGGAGAAUAAGAAGCAGGGAGACCCACAAAGUGGCUCAAUAGAAGGUGAAAGCUAUACUAGGAUUUUGGAACUUAAUUGUAAAAAAUGCCAUCGCUCCUUCAGCAACAGACGACAGAUCCUCAAACACAUAUGUCUGAGAGAAGACGAGGGGGACGACGAAGAGGAGAUUGGGGGAAACUUUGUCGGAGAAGAUGUUGAGGAUUCUGGAUCUUUGGACCCUGCGGAAGCUGCUCCAAUCAAGAAGAAGCGAAACACAGAGAUGCCAGUAAAAGCCAUUGGCAGAUUCAGUUCCCAGACAAAUGCCCGAAGCCAAAUAUCCAAAGAAGGAGACGCAGCAACAGAAAACAAGAAAUCAGUCAUCAGCGUUGUUCUGAAAGAAGAUCAGACACUUCCAGGUGUUUUUAAAAUGGUUCCAGUAGAGAACAGUUCAGGGGAUACAGAGUCUGCUCUCGACGAGACUCAGCCUCAGGUCACCCAGCUGUCUGCAGUCGUCCAGAGUCCAUCACAAGACCUUUCAAGCGAAGCCACCAUCUCGGGCUAUAACUCUGAAACGGACCAAGACCCGAGCUCCAACCCAACCUUCACAACAACAACAACAACAGAAGCAGCAGCCAGCAGAGGCUUCCAGGAAUAUUCUAUCAAGCAAAACAAUACCAAUUUACCUCAGAGCCAGCUGAAGAUCUUCACCUGUGAGCUCUGUAAAAAGAUCUUUAAGUUCAGACACUCGCUGGUCGCUCACCUCAGGACGCACACGCAGGAGAAACCCUUCCAGUGUCCACACUGUGACUACGCAUCCGCCAUCAAAGCCAACCUAAACGUUCACCUGAGGAAACACACAGGACAGAAGUUCAGCUGUGAGCACUGUUCUUUCACCUGCCUCAGCCCAGGACACCUCAAGGUCCACGUAGAGCGAGUCCACAUGAAGGUGAAGCAGCACUGCAGCUUCUGUGCGAAAAAAUACUCCGAUGUCAAGAACUUGCUGAAACACAUGGAGAAACAUCAUAACCUCAAAGACCCUAAGGUCCACCAGAGCUACCAGGAACUGAGUUUAAAGACUCGUCAGGGCCUAAGACAGCUCCUGUACCACUGUCCCACUUGUAAACGACGCUUCAAGAACCAGCUCGAGCGGGAGCGUCACCGGUUGGUCCACGGGCCUCUGCGUCCCUUCGCCUGCCUGCUCUGUGACCAUGCAGCAACCAAGCUGGACGCCCUCGCCGUUCAUGUCAAGAAGCACCUCUUCCUGUACAUGUGCUCUGUGUGUGACGGGAAGUUUGUCAGCUGUCAGAGACUAAAGAGUCACCUGAAAGAGUCUCACGCCGGCCUGGACCAGGAGCAGGCCUUCAGCGACUGUAUCGAUAACAGCUACUUUCUGAAACAGCCCGGGGGAGAGGCGAGGGGGGACGGGGAGAGGGAGGACACGGAAGGAGGGGGACAGGAAAAGCCCAGGACAGAGCAGGAUGGUGAAGAUGAGAGGAUGAGGGAGGAGGGUGGAAGUAAUGGUGUCGGAGGGGAGGAGUUGCCUGUCGGUGAAGCAGAGAUACUGGAAACUGUCGCAAGGGUAGAGAGGGAGAAUGAGGUGGAAGAAGCUAUAGCUCAGGGUGAAGGUUUUGAAGAUUUGCAGGUCAAAGAAGAAGAAACACAAAAAUUGAUUUCUAUAGAAACUUCAACUCCCACUGACAUACAGGACCAAACCACAGCUGGGGAAGCAGCACAGGCCAACUCAGAAGACCCAUGCACCCCUGCAGCCGAGAAUAUUGACAGUCACGAACACAACACAAAAACUUGUCCAUCACCGGAGAGCAAUCACAGCUCUCACAUGGAGGAGAGGACUCAAGAAAACACACAUGCAGCCAAAAACACAGACACACCUUCUUCAUCAGGAAACUCAGAGUUACCUGAUUUAAGAGUAAACACACCUUCGUCACCGGUUCCUCCAGCGGCAGAGGAUCAAACUCCACAUUCAGAGAAGAGUGCAUUCCAGCAGGUGUUUUCAUCUCUUCAGAAGACUCACCUCAACAUGGAUACUUUCCAGCAGCUCAGGAGACUUUACGGAGACUUAGAAUGCCAGUACUGUGGUAAACUGUUCUGGUACAAAGUCCAAUAUAACAUCCAUGUGCGCACCCACACCAAGGAGCACCUGCAUUACUGUACAAAGUGUAGCUACUCGUCCAUCACUAAAAGCUCUUUAAAGCGGCACCAGAUACAGAAGCACAGCGGGUUGCUGCUGCCUUGUUCCAAUGCCGGCUGUAAAUACACCACACCUGACAAAUACAAACUACAAGCCCAUCUGAGGACGCACCAGGAACAGGGGAAGAGUGUGGCCUGUCCCGUCUGCCAGCAAAGCUUUGCAGAGCACAAGCUAAAAAAGCACAUGAAAACAUCCCACCCUGAUGGGCGGCCUGUGCGGGGAAAAGGAUUGAUUGCGCAGCGUGCGAAGAAGUGCCCGUACUGUGACUCCUACUUCCUGAGGAAGAGCAGAGAGUUUAAGCAGCACAUCUGGGCCCACGAAGGUCUGAAGCCGUUCCUCUGCAGCUUGUGUGACUACACAGGUCGCAGCAAGAGCAACCUCAAGUCUCAUAUGAAUCGACACAACACUGAGAAACCUCAUCUAUGUGAUCUGUGCGGUAAAAAGUUCAAAUCGAAAGUCACACUGAAAUGCCACAGACAGAGCCACACAAAAGAAGGGAAGCGGUUUCAAUGUUCGGAGUGUGACUUUACCGCGGUCUCUAAACCUUCCCUGCUCAGACAUAAGGAGCAACACGCUCAAUUUAAGCCAUUCCGUUGUGCCCACUGCCGCUACUCCUGUAACCUCACUGGUCCUCUGAAGAGACACUACAGCUUGAAACACCCAGAUCAGAAAUAUGAGAAUGCCGGAACCGGGCUGCCCAGCGCUGAUGCUCUGAAACAGCAAGGUGGAAAGAAGUGUCCGGAUUGUGACUUUGUUUACGGCACCAAGUGGGAGCUGAAUCGCCACAUGAAGAACAAACACAUCCAGAAAGUGGAAACCUGGGAGACUGGUGAGACAAUCGAGGCCCAUUAUGUGACUGAAGAGCUGCUGACAGAAGAACCUGUAGCAGUGCUGCACGAUAACGUUGAAAUCCAGGAGAUCACUGAGUUCAGUUCAGAGGCUCAUGAUGCUGUCACCUCCAUGGUCGCCAUGGCUCCAGGCACUGUUACCGUUGUACAGCAGGUGGGUGACGAACAGGAAAUUGAUAACUGCGGCGAGCAGCUGAUGGUGGUGAACGAAGACGGGGACUUAACCGGUGACCAGGUGAUGGUGGUGGAGGAUGAACACGGCCUGGAGGCUCUGACCGUCCUCACUCAGGGAGAAAACACUCACCACUAUAUCGUCUAUGUUCAGGAACACACUGUAGAAAUCAACUAGCAAUGCUAGAAUUUUGACAUAAGAUUAUUGACCUAUCCACACUGAGUGGCUCACUGAUUAUAGAUCAGUUAACGAAUGUAAAUGACCUCAAAUGUACAAAAUAAACAAUA